AUGGAGGACGCUCGUGCACUCUUCUUCGACGUGUUCGGUACCUGUGUCGACUGGAGAAAGACAGUAACCGACGCGUUGGUCCGACAGUCCCGAGUAGCUCUGAUGAGAAGAUCAGCAAUCAUUACAAACGAUGUUCGGACCAAGGCAGAUGCAAUGAGCACCGAAGACUGGGGUGCUUUUGCUCAGGAAUGGAGAAGCAGCUACUACACGUUCACUCGAUCUCUUGCAGCCGACGCAUCUCUCAACUGGAAGACGGUGGAUGACCAUCAUCUCGAAUCUCUGCACGAUUUAUUGGUCAAAUAUGGUCUUGGUCGCGAAGACGGUGACCUCGGAGGUCUUUGGAACAAGGAUGAAGUCAAGGAGAUGAGUCUCAUCUGGCACAAACUUGAUCCUUGGUCUGAUACCGUUGCUGGCCUUAAAGCUUUGAACACAAAGUACGAGACUUGCACCCUCUCGAAUGGAAACAUCGCUCUGCUGAAGGACAUGCAGCAGCAUGGCGGCAUGCCGUUCAAGCAUAUAUACUCUUCCGAGCUGUUCAAUUCCUACAAGCCCAACCCGGCCAUCUACCUGGGGGCUGCGAAGAGACUGGGCUUGGAGCCGAGUCAGUGCGUCAUGGUCGCAGCGCAUCUGGGUGAUCUUGAAGCAGCGAAGGGCUGUGGCUAUUCCACCAUCUAUGUUGAAAGAUCACGCGAGGAAGAGAAGAAGAACGAGGAUGAGGCUAGAGAGAAGGGUUUUGUGGAUAUAUGGGUCAAGAUCGAUGAGGAAGGAUUCGUAGAGGCCGCACGGAAGCUGGGAAUCAGUGUGUAA